AUGGCUUCUGCCACCCCAUUGCAUCCUUCUGCUAAAGAGAGCUUAAAUUAUGCUCAGCUCUGUUGCCUUCUUGUUGAAGUUGGAUCACUUGUGCUAAGGGAGAUCUUUGACCGGGUAUGUCCACCAGGAAACCUCCAUGCAGUUCUGACUGAUCCCACAAACCAUGCCAAACUGCAAUCACUGCGAAAGAAGAGAGUCCUGCAUACUUCCCAGUGGGAGAAACUGUAUCCUACUUCCAAAUCUUCAGUUUCCUCAAAGGACUUUGACACCUGCUUACUGUUAUGUCUUCUGAAGAAUAUCUGGGGUCUGACUCUCCCUGCCUCUGGCUGGAAUAACCUUCCUCCAGGAUCAGACACCUCUCUGGCAGCUGACAUCACUUGCAUCAAGUUUUUCAGGGACAGAGUUUUCAGUCAUGCUGCUAAUGCUUCAGUUGAUGAUCCAACUUUUAGUUUGUACUGGAACAGCAUCAAAGACACCUUUCUGCGCAUUGGAGGGACCUGCUAUGGGGAAGUCAUAGAUGAUCCUACAUUCUAUUUUAUGGAUGCUGAUCUUGAAGAACACUACCGAGAGCUUCUGAGAGAGUGGUUCAAAGAUGAUGACUGUAUCACAGACAAAUGGCAUGAAGACAAAAUUGUGGAAAAGGCCAGGAAAGGAGGGGACAUGGAGGAUUCCUCUGACAUUUCUGAACAAAAUUCAUGGGAGAGGGGUGUGUGUAAUUUUUUUUUUUUAAACCUGAGUUUUAAACUAACUUUGUAGAGUCAAUAAUGUACAGUAAGUCAUACUAGAUUGUUAGAUGAAAUGAAUUUUGUGCAGAUUUUUCUUUAAAAGUCACAACUAUGUGUAAUUGAAGUUGUGAAUCUUUAUUCCCUUGAUACAUCAACUGUAUCCAUAAUUUGCUUUUUCAUCUUCAUCUUUCCUAUCUUUUGAUUUCCAUUUGGGUUAAGCUAUUUAAUUGUCACAUAUAAAUGUUAAAAAAAAAACUACAACCUUCUUUUUCAGAGACAGUAAUAAUGCCAGGGGAAAAUACAUCAGCACAGACUGGCAAUAGCAGCCCGCCAGAGCUCAGUGUGAAACUUCCGGAGUUGAGUGAUCUUCCAACAACCUUUAAUCCUUGGGAAACUGUUGAACUUCCUGUUGAUAUUCUUUUAUUAACAGUUGAAGACUGUGAGUUCUUAAGCUGCUUUGCCUACCUGAAGAAACCCUUUAAGAGUUACCACAUCAGUACUGGCCCUGUGUACUUUGGGUUCAUGGGUGAUGAUCAAGGAAAGAAAAUGAAAAUCGCAUUGAUGAGGUGCUCCAAAGGUCUGGAUGCUCCUGGGGGUUCUUUGUCUGUUUCAAAAGAUGCCAUAUUGCUACUGAGACCCAAGGUUAUUUUUUCUGUCGGUGCCUGCAGUGGUUUGAACAGCAAAAAGGUCAAGUUAGGAGAUGUGGUUCUUUCAGCAAAGCUUAUAACAGCUGCACUCAAAACUCCCCCCAGCAGAGAUAUUGGUAACCUGAUCAAACAUGUGGCUGAUGGGUGGAAGGCACCUUUACAUAAUGCUGAUGAAUAUAAUGCCAAAGUGCACUGUGAUGGGGUGGUUCUGAGUAUCUCUGAGGCAAACAGAGACAUGAUUAGGAAAUAUCCUGAAGCCAUCGCAGUUGAAAUGGAAGGUGGAGGUGAGAAUCAUAAUAAUUCAAAUAAUUGAUGAGCCAAGCACUUUUGCAGUCGAAGGAAGUGUUUUGAAAAACACUGCUCUGGUAUUGUCUCUGCUGGUUCAAGAAAUAGCAUGUACCAUAUAGCAUGCCAAAUUUGCAGGAAUAUUAUAUAUUGGAUAAUAAUAGUGAUUUUGUGUUUGGCUGGGGUAGGAAUAUUUUUUUGCAGGUGAAGGUGACUGAAUACUUCUUCUGGCUAAAUUGAGUGUGCUCCUUCAGGGUGUUGUGAAUUGUCUUACAUUUGUCAUCUGAAAAAUGUAGAAAGUAUUUUGUUGAAUAGUUUGAGAGUUGAGGAAUAGUAUCACAGUCCCUGUUAAUACUUAAACUCCCAUGAGUGACCAAGAUAGAAUUUCUCCUUACAGUAUCAACAUGAUACCAAGCAGAUAAGUGAUGGGAAAAGGAAAACAGGUCAAUUAGGGGAUUAUUGGUUGAUCCAAAACCAAAUUCUCCUAACUUACAUCAUAGGACUUGUAUAACAGACGUUAACCCAUUAACUCCCAAGAUCUCACUGGAAAUUCUCUUUACUGUCUGCGAAAUGAUUCUCAUUAUGUUAGUUUGGAGAAUUUGGUAUCAGAUAAAGUAGUAAUCCCAUAAUUGACAUUUUUCUUUAUUCUCAUCACUCGUCUGCAUGAUAUUGUAUGGAUGUAGUAAGGAGAAAUUCUCACUUGGUCACUCACGGGAGAUAAAGGGUUAAAGAGAAUUACCAAUGAGAUCUUAGGAGUGAAAGGGUUAACUCUAUCUGACAGAAGUUUGUCUUUUGAGAAAUGUUGAAAUUUACUUAUGAAACAAGGUGAAGCCUGGGCCGAAUUGUUCAGAGCUGGGUUAAGAUAACCUGGGGUAAGUGUGAAAUCUGAUUUAAGAUCUGAAAGCUUGAAGAGCCAAUUCAGUUUAUUUCUUUUUUGCUACAAUUCGAUAAUUGAAUGCUCUAAAAACAAUGGGUAAAAUUAUUCCAAACGGCUUUUGAACAUAGAAAUAUAGAAACCUGGAUUAAAAUUUAACCCUGGGUUUGCGCUAAUCGGCCUUUGAACAACUGGGCCCCGAAGAAUAAUUUUACAGUCUCAGUGUACAAUUUUUUGUUAAUUAACGGUUGAAAAAAUUAGAUUUCGGAACUAACUAACGUCUUUCUGCGAUUUGCAUGUUUACAGAAAGGCUAGAGUGUGAAUCUUUUUUAGUUUUGAUUGAACAAUUAUUUUAAGGAUGCUAAGAAAAUAAGCUUGAUAUAUAGUUAACAGACAUGAAUGAUUUUUUUUUCAGGAGUGUAUACAGCAGCUCAUGAUUUUAAGACAGAAUGGGUGGUAGUCAAGGGCAUCAAAGACUUUGCGGAUGAAGUGCAGUCUUCAAGUAAGAAAUGGAAACAAAUUGCUUGUGUGAUGGCAGCAUCUGUUGUGGCCAACAUUUUGAAUGAUCCAGCCAUAUUCCAAGAUUGGCCUCACUUUCAUGCAGGUAUUGCUUUCUGUCUCAAUCUCCUCUUUUUACAUGGAUAGGUCUGACUUAGAUCUAAGUUCCCAUCGCAUAUUCUGGAAUGGAUUAUAAAUCAAGGUGAUUGAUCCAGUAAUGGUUCUCAAAUAGGAAAUUAAGUUACCCUUAUUUUGAGUUUACAUUCCAGUGGGUUUAACAAGGUCUCAGUUGAUGAUCAAGGUGGUGGAACAAAAAAAACAUGUGAUUGAAUUGAGUGAUGUAAUGAUGAAUAACAAUUUACUCCAUGAGCCAGGCGAACUGGCCUGUAUUCUAUAGUUAGCGUGGUUUAACUAACACAACCAAAAUAUGAAAAAUUCAGAGGCUUAUGACAUCUACCAAAGUGAUCUGAAGUGAUUUGAUCCAUGUUCUUGGACCACUAAGCAACACAGAGACUGUAUGGUGAGCUGGGUCCCUUAAGAAGUAGCGUAUAAAAUUGACAUGAUAACUUAUCUGCACCGGAUAUUCAUCAGGUCGAGUUCAAAGUCUGCGUAGUUUCCAAGCCCCUCCUCCGUGCAGUGUUCUCAAACUUUUGCACACAGGCAGAGAUGUUUUAUUUUGCAGUUAUGUUAAAAAAAUAUAUAAUAAAACAAUUAUUGAUUCUGUUCUUACAUGCUAUAAUGAAUUCUUAAACUUCGUUCACGAUAUCAUGCUCAACAUCAUCCAGUAAUUACUUACCUUUCCGAGAGUCAUGGCGUUGUAUGGUGUAUCGCUAAGAAUCCCUCUAAAAGUAAUAGCCGAUUCUUUUUCAGAUGGAUUUGACCCAACUGAAAUUAUUAAUAACAUUCUUCAACACUACAAAAAUCGGGAAGGUUGGCUGGCACCGUUUCCCUGGUGUGAAGACUUCCACUUCUCCUUUGACAAAAUCUACACCAGACUUAAAGUCAUCUACAGAAAGAAGACAAGAGGAACACCAACAGAUCGAGUUGUCACGAUGUCUGAAAUCUUCAACCGGCACGAAGAAUGUGAAGAACCAAGAGUAGUGUUAAUUGAAGGGAAGCCUGGUAUGGGAAAGACCACUUACUGUAAGAAAGUUGUUUUCGACUGGGCCACAGGAAAACGCGCAACCGGAAAUUGCUUCACAAACUUCGUAAUAGCGCUUUUGAUCAAAUGUCGUGAUGUUGAGUCUGGCCUUUGGGAGGCCAUUGAAGAUCAAAUUCUGCCUCGAGAAGUUGGUGAAGACGAACGCGAGAGAUUCUUCGAAUUCAUUCGCCACAAUCAAUCUAAUGUUCUUCUGAUACUCGAUGGAUUGGAUGAAGUUUCUGAGAAGAAGCUACCUAUGUUUUCAGAAAUUAUUCAAGGCCGAGUACUGCCAAACUGUCGCGUGGUUGCAACGGCACGACACGAAGCUGGAGUCAAAGUUCGAAAAUACUGCGACACGCUGUUAGAAGUUGAGGGAUUUACUAAAGAAGAUGUACAAUCCUUCAUCAGAAAGUACUUCAAAGCCGAACCAAACUUGGCCAAGCAGCUUAUCGCACACCUGUAUAUUGAUCGCAAGUUAUAUGAAAUAUUGACGAAUCCUCUCAACACUGCGCUUCUUUGCCUGGUCUAUGAAGAUUUGAAAGGUAUAUUUCCUGAGAGCAGAACGAAGCUGUACAUGGAAAUAGUGGAGUGUAUACUAAGAAGGUACAGAACAAAGCGGCAACUAGCAGAAAACGGUGAAGACCUUGUUGACCUUUACGAAAGCCAAUUGAAACACCUUGGUUCGAUAGCUUUGAAAGGUUUACUUGAAGACAACUUGGAUUUUGACGAGAAGGAGCUUGGAAAACACAAAGCAAGCGAUUUACCUGGAUUUGGAUUUCUGUCAGUUCAGCCUGGAGGCAGUAAACUAAGACCAACUAGACGUUAUAGCUUUCUUCACAAGACUUUCCAAGAAUUCUUCGCAGCCUUCUAUCUUAGUUGUCAGCUUAUCCAGAAAGAAAUCAGUACGAACAGCAUAGCUGCUGGCCAAAAAUAUCGCCAUCAACUGAAAGAAGUGCUUCUGUUUACAUUUGGUAUGCUAGCAGCACGAUGCGAGGAAACAGUGGUGAACCUUCUGAAAAGCAUAGCAACACAAUUAAACCAGGAAGAAGAGGAAGACGUGGACGUUAUAUUAGAGUGUGUUAAUGAAUGCAAAGAGAAGAACAAAAAUGUUGAUGUAAAAUUGGCUACCGCUCUUUGCGCUUCUCUUCAAACUGAAACUGUUAAAGUUUCAAGAGUAAAAGUGGAUGAAACUCUAGCUGUCUUUUUAAGCAACUUUCUGAAAACAAAUACAACUGUGACAAAAUUAACAUUGAAUACACUUUCGCAAGAUGGGGUUGCCCCUCUUGCAGAGUGUUUGAAAUAUAAUGCAUCGCUGGAAACGUUGAAAUUUAUUGGUGAUGUAAUUGGUGAUGAUGAUGCUGCUGCUCUGGGUGAGUGUUUGAAAUAUAACAAAUCGCUGACAACGUUGGAUUUGGGUGCUACUGGAAUUGAGGAUGAUGGUGCUGCUGCUCUGGGUGAGUGUUUGAAAUAUAACAAAUCGCUGACAACGUUGGAAUUGAGAGCUACUGGAAUUGAGGAUGAUGGUGCUGCUGCUCUGGGUGAGUGUUUGAAAUAUAACAAAUCGCUGACAACGUUGGAUUUGAGUGGUAAUGGAAUUGAUAAUGAUGGUGCUGCUGCUCUGGGUGAGUGUUUGAAAUAUAACAAAUCGCUGACAACGUUGUAUUUGAUUGCUACUGGAAUUGAGGAUGAUGGUGCUGCUGCUCUGAGUGAGUGUUUGAAAUAUAACAAAUCGCUGACAACGUUGUAUUUGAGUGGUAAUGGAAUUGAUGAUGAUGGUGCUGCUGCUCUGGGUGAGUGUUUGAAAUAUAACAAAUCGCUGACAACGUUGAAUUUGAAACAUACUCUAAUUAAUGAUGAUGGUGCUGCUGCUCUGGGUGAGUGUUUGAAAUAUAACAAAUCGCUGACAACGUUGGAUUUGAGUCGUAAUGGAAUUGAUAAUGAUGGUGCUGCUGCUCUGGGUGAGUGUUUGAAAUAUAACAAAUCGCUGACAACGUUGAAUUUGAAACUAACUCUAAUUAAUGAUGAUGGUGCUGCUGCUCUGGGUGAGUGUUUGAAAUAUAACAAAUCGCUGACAACGUUGGAUUUGAGUCAUAAUAAAAUUGGUGAUGAUGGUGCUGCUGCUCUGGGUGAGUGUUUGAAAUAUAACAAAUCGCUGACAACGUUGGAUUUGAUUGGUAAUGGAAUUGAUGAUGAUGUUGCUGCUGCUCUGGGUGAGUGUUUGAAAUAUAACAAAUCGCUGACAACGUUGGAUUUGAGUGCUACUGGAAUUUAGGAUGAUGGUGCUGCUGCUCUGGGUGAGUGUUUGAAAUAUAACAAAUCGCUGACAACGUUGGAUUUGAGUCGUAAUGGAAUUGAUAAUGAUGGUGCUGCUGCUCUGGGUGAGUGUUUGAAAUAUAACAAAUCGCUGACAACGUUGAAUUUGAAACUUACUCUAAUUAAUGAUGAUGGUGCUGCUGCUCUGGGUGAGUGUUUGAAAUAUAACAAAUCGCUGACAACGUUGGAUUUGAGUUGUAAUGAAAUUGGUGAUGAUGGUGCUGCUGCUCUGGGUGAGUGUUUGAAAUAUAACAAAUCGCUGACAACGUUGUAUUUGAGUGGUAAUGGAAUUGAUGAUGAUGUUGCUGCUGCUCUGUGUGAGUGUUUGAAAUAUAACAAAUCGCUGACAACGUUGGAUUUGAGUGAUAAUAAAAUUGGU